UUGGCACUAAGCGUGGUUGCAAAACGUCAACUCGUGCAAAUGAUAUAAACGUGAUCAAAGUAUAUAUAAUAUAAAUUCGAACGUACUGCAAUUUUAGUCGGUUGAAACAUACAGAACAGAAAGCACAAAACAUUGUUUAGCUUCGCAUGAACUCUUCAACUUCUUCUAAGUGUUAAGUUCUUCGUUGUAUUUGGGUUACAUGUGGGCUGCUACCACAUGCAAAACAAAAAACAAAUAAGUUAUUCAAAUGUAAGUGCAUUUAUUAAUUAUUACAACCUAAUAAAAAAACAACAUUCUUACGUUUGAAUGGAUAACAGAAAGAAACGGAAUAAAAAUGGGCGAUAAAAAAACAGACGAGGAUGAAAUUGAAAAUGAUUUGGACUUUGUGUUAAGUGAUGUCGGCGAGUUUGGAAAAUAUCAAAUUGGUCAUUGUAUAUUAAUGAUUUUGCCAAUCAUAUUAAGCGCAACAUAUGCCGUUGAAUUCAUUGUAACGAGUUCAACAGAUGACUACAGAUGUCUAAUAAGUGAGUGUGAAUCGUCAAAUACUACUUCAUAUAAUCAAGAUUGGUUAAGUUAUGCGAUUCCAUUAAAAAAUGGGCGACCCGAAAAAUGUUCCAGAUAUGCUGGCUUACAGCAUCCAACCGAAUCUCAACCGGGACAAUGCUCUAAAAAUCUGUUUGACGAAUCUAAGAUAGUUCAGUGCAGUGAAUAUGUAUUCAAAAGUGAUGAAUACCGAAUUAUGCGAGAGUUUGAUAUUUUGUGUGAUGAAAAUGAGUAUAAAUUAGCAAUGGUUGGAACAAUCAAUAACAUUGGGGGUUUCUUAUUUAUGCCCCUAACUGGAAUCUUGUCGGAUAAAUUUGGUCGUUUGACGAUUCUGAUUUGUGGUACAGUUGGUUGUGCGAUAUUUGGUUUGAUCAAAGCGUUUAUUGGUUCAUAUACAUUUUAUAUGAUUUUUGAGUUCUUAGGAGCCGCAGUAGGAACUACUUGCUAUAUGGCUGCAUUUGUGCUCUGGGUCGAAUGGGUCAGCUCGAAAUAUCGAAUACUGAGUAGUACACUAAUUGCAGCCAUCUAUCCAGGCGGUGAGGUGUUGAUGGGCGCGGCAGCAAUUUUUUUGCAAAAUUAUCGAACAUUCCUUGUGGCAAUCUAUACGCCAGCGCUAUUAACUGUUUGGUAUUUCUGGUUGGUACCGGAAAGCGUACGGUGGCUUAUUGCAACCGGCAAAUAUGAUCGUGCGAUGAAAAUUUUGAAAUGUACAGCCCGACAAAAUAAACGUCAAAUAUCGGAAAAAACCUUGGAAAUCGUACGAAGCUAUUGCAAUAAUGUCAAAGGAUCAGGAAGGUGUAAAGCUGAUUGUUCAUCAGUUACAACCAUUUUUCAGCAUAAAGUCUUAAUCUUUCGUUUGAUUAUGUGUUCAAUGUGUUGGAUUAUGACGGUUUUUGUAUUUUUUGGCUUGAGCGUGAAUGCGACGAAAAUUACGGACGAUAGUAACAAAUACUUGAGCUAUAUCACAACUAUGAUAUCAGAAGUGCCUGCUGCAAUCAUAACAUUCUUUUUACUCAAAUAUAUUGGACGUCGAACGGCAAUGUGUUGUGCACUUGCAACGGCUGGAUCAGCAACAAUUCUCUCAACAUUUGUGCCAACCACAUACACAUACACAUUGAUAAUUCGUCGAAUUAUGUUUUUUAUUGGCAUGUGUUCAACGUCCAGCGCAUUUGCUGUUCUUUAUGUAUUUUCAGCAGAAAUAUGGCCGACGCCAAUGCGAAACACAUUGAUGAACAUUUGUUCAAUGAUAGGUCGUUUCGGGUCGAUGUUAGCACCAUUGGCGAUAUUAUUGAGUCAUUAUAUGCCCAAUUUACCAUUACUUUUGUUUGGAACGGCAGCCAUUCUAUCUGGAUUUAUAAUAUUUACUCUACCUGAAACAAAGGAUAAAAAACUUCCUCACACGAUUAAGGACGCGAUUGAAUUGUAGCCGAAAUUCAUUCGAAAAAAUUGUUGAUAUAUAAACUGUCGUUUAUCAUUUUAUCUGGUUUAAGUUACAUAGUCAAUAAAUAUAUUUAUAAAUUCUUCCGCCCUUUUUUUAGAAGAAACGUUUUUUACGAUUUAAAAUCAAUCAAUAAUUGAAUGAGUUAGGAUUAAAGUGACCUGGACUCAUUCAAUUUACAAACAUUUUUCGUGGAAAAAGGUUUUUGGAUGUUUUUGUCCAAUGUUUUGUCAACCAGAAAUGGUGCUUCAAAGAGUUCCAAACCCCGAAAUUCAACGUGUAUCGCAAAAUAUGCAGCCAAUGUUUUAGUUAAUACGCUAUCUAGUAGUUCUGUUGCAAUUAACUAAUGAUAUUAAAAUCAAUCAGUUAAUUAUAAAUCGAA